GGGCCCCGUGUUAGUUACCAGAAGAGGCAGGCUGAGAGUUUAGAAAAGUGAGAUGAGAGGCAAGUUCAGUGAGAGAGCUGGAGAGUGCACUAAGGAUUGCUUUGAAAGGAAUGGCUCACGAUUCUGACAGCAGUGACAGCAACUACAGCAGGUACCAGCCUUACAAUGGCAAACAGGAAAACUUUGAAGAAACAAAGAAGGUCAUGCGAAGGGAAAAAAAUCGACUUGCAGCUCAGAAGAGUCGACAGAGACAGACUCUGAAAGCAGAUACACUACACCAGGAAAGCGAAUAUUUAGAGAAAGAAAACGCUGCCCUAAGGAAGGAGAUUAAACAGCUGAAUGAAGAGCUGAAAUAUUUCAGCAGUGUGUUGAAAAGUCACGAGGGUCUGUGUUCAAUGAUGGUGUCCCCAAGUGAUGAGCUGGCUUAUCAGAGUCACUCCUUUCAGCAUACACACAGCAACACUUCAGCACGGCUUCACCUGUGAGGCUGACAGAAAGGACACUUGGAAUUAGCUGUGAACACGAUAAGCCGAGGUGAGACCUGACAUAAACUGACACUCCUGGUUUCACCUUGCCUCAAGGAGCCACAUACACAUACACAUACAUGCUGAAUCAGUGCCAGCCUCACAGAACACUCACUCCGCACAGUGCCACUUAGUUGUUGAGCUGGAUUCUAACAGGACUCAACCUGCAGUUUCACAGAGUUAUCACAAAUGCUAAAGUCUUAAAGCUGGAGCAGGAAAUGAACAACCUCUCUGCUCCUAUGAUGCUGCCUGGCCUGCUGUGUUCAUCCAGCCCUGCACCUUGUUGUCUCGGAUUCUCCAGCAUCUGCAGUUCCUACUAACCCUGUUCACAUUGUUGCCAACAAGGUCCAGAAUGGGUUUGUGUCUGUCGAUUGGCUGUAUCAGUAAUCCAUUAAGACCAGCAAGAGGGGCUGAACAGGUGAAUGUUACAUCCUUCCAGAUGAAGACCUUCCCAGGGUCACCGAGAGAGAGAGAGAGAGAGACAUCUUUGCUCCAGCCUGACUCCAAAGUAGGGCAGCUUCCUGGGCACCUGGACAUUUACACAGGAUCAUCAAAAUCCUCUGACACAGAGCGUGUGGCUGAGACACAGUCACAGUAGCUUCACUGAGACAAGCUGCUGUACUCUCUGACCAAAUCAUCUUAGUCCCACAGAGAACCUGACCAACUGUGGGAGAUCAAUCUCAGGAGCAAGACUCUCUCAAUCACUGCAAGGGAUACAAGUCCGUCCAGCUCGUUCUGAAUGGAAUAGACAUUUUAUAUCAAUUUUUGUCGGUUGAUAAGUCCUGAAUCAUGAAUGUUUUUUUUCCUAUGGUCAGAGUUUCACAUGCUUAAUAAGCAGAGGCAAUGAGAGACCAUUGUGGGGAGAGAUGGCAUGAGGGUGGGAGCUAGUCACUGAGCCACCCCAUUUCAAGUUUUCUGAUUUCACUGAGACACCUGACCCCAAGGUGGACUGGGAUCUGAUUGGCAGCUCAUCUGUCUCUGAACCAUCAUGGAUAGCUCUGGGAUUCAGGACUCUGGACUGGACAAAGGAAAAUCCAAAGCCUGACCUGCCUGACCCAGGGGCUUUCCCUAUCACAGGCCUAAGGCCAUACCUACUCCAUCUGGGAGGGUUUCUGUGACUGUCUUCUCCACCACUGACUGCCGUCCCCUGGAGGUUUCAGUCCAUUCCCAUUGGCUCUGGACAUGAGUUAAUGUUGGGGAAUUUUAAUAUUUAAGUUGCUGGCCCUGGCCUCACACUCCUUUCUAGUCCCACAUCUGCACCCCCUCCCCACCCCCAUCCCUACAUAGUCUGGGUUGACCUUGUUGUGUUGGAGUCAGUCCAGUUGUAGCUAACUGUAAGCCCCUCAGAUACCUGAAAAUAACUGGGGGUCACCUUAAACCUCUGACUCAUGGAGGUGCCAGUGUUGGACUGGGGUAGACAAAGUCAGAAAUCACACGACAC